UUGUUCUUUUUUUUUCAAUCACACAACAGUGAUGAUCUGUCAAAAUGUUAGUGGCGCUCGAACAGAAAAUUUUAGUUCGGUUUACAGGUGAUUCCUUCAUCCCCUAAAGUGCCGAUUGUGAGCCCAACGGCACAUCGCGCGCUAAGGCACUACCGUCCCCCCCCUCUCUCUCUCCCUCCCUCCCUCUUUCUCUGCAGAAAUUACUCUGUACAUUCAAGGUUUCCACAAACAAGAUCAAACCAAAACAAUCACUCACGCAUUAGAUCAAACACUUAAAACGCACCAAGAAACUCUCACUUUCUACAACUAUGUCAUCACUCUAAACCGCCAAAUACAUCCAUUUUGAACCCACCCACAAUCACCAUGCUCUCAUCUUCCAUUUUCUCUUUCUGGGUUCUCUUCAUCUUCUUCAAUUCCCUCUCCCCAUCUCUCUCUCUCCCUUUCUCUCCUUCAACCACCACCAACAACAACAAUCUCACCCUCUUCGGCGAUGCUCACUUCAUCAACAACUCAAUCAGCCUCACCCAAGAACUCAACUGUCUCUCUCCUCCAUCUCCACCUUCUUCUUCUUCUUCUUCUGGGGUUGGCAGAGCUUUCUAUGUCUUCCCAAUUCGCUUUCUUGAUUCUUCAACCAACUCCACACUUUCUUUCUCUUCCCGCUUCUCUUUCCGUCUCGCCCCUUCUUCCUCUCUCUGCCCCUUCGGCGAUGGUUUCGCUUUCCUAAUCACUUCCAAAUCAUACUAUGUCGGUCUCUCUGAUGGGUAUAUGGGUCUCCCAAACCAAUCUUUUCGUGGCCAAGACUCGUUUGUUGCUGUUGAAUUCGAUACCAGUUUGGAUUCUUCUCUUGGUGACAUCAAUGACAACCAUGUUGGGAUUGAUGUUAACUCUGUUGUCUCUCUUGCUUCCAUUGAUGCUUUUUCCAAAGGGAUUGAUUUGAAGAGUGGGAGACAAAUGACUGCUUGGGUUGAGUACAGAGAUAUGGAGAAGACGAUCAGAGUGUUUGUUGGGUACUCACAGAACAAGCCUCUCAUCCCUCUUCUUGUCGCCCAAAUCGAUCUUUCGAUGCAAUUCAAGGAGUUUAUGCACGUUGGUUUCUCUGCUUCUAAUCUUAGAGGCUCCGCAACGCAUCUUGUCGACAGUUGGCGAUUCAAAACUUAUGGAUCACCCUCUUCAAUGACACCAAUGGACAUUGUUGAAGAAGGGGACUGUUUCUUGUGCUCCUUGGGCAAUUCAGGGGAUGAAAAUGGUCAUAUGAACAAAAGGGUUGGUGAAUUGGUUCUUGUCUUGGGGGGUUUAGUUGCAUUUGUCAUCUCUGUAUCUACAGUUGUUGUCAUAGUCAUUGUGUGUUUGAUUAGGAGGAGAAGAAGAGUUAAUAGGAGAGGUUGCAAUGAAGGCCGAAUUUGUAGAUUUCAAGGGAACAGAAUACCCAAAAGACUCUCACUCUCCGCAAUAAAAUCAGCUACAAAGGGUUUUAACCAAAAGAGAAUCAUUGGUGAAGGAGGGUCUGCGAUUGUCUAUGAAGGGUAUCUUCCCUCUUGUGGAUUAGUAGCGGUCAAACGGUUCAGUCAGGUCAAUCAAAUUGGUUCUUUUCACAGUCACUUCACCACUGAGUUUGAGACAAUGGUGGGUUGUUUACAACACGAACACUUGGUUCAGCUCCAAGGAUGGUGCUGUGAAGGGAACGAGUUAGUACUAGUCUAUGAGUACAUGGCCAAUGGAAGCCUUGACAAAAUUCUCCACAAAAGCAACAAUGCCCUAACGGUUUUCCUCACCUGGGAUCGAAGACUCAACAUAGUUCUAGGUGUUGCCUCGGCCCUCAUAUAUCUACACGAAGAAUGCGAGAGGCAGAUAAUUCAUAGGGAUGUGAAGACUUGCAAUAUAAUGCUCAACGACGAAUUCAAUGCGAAAUUGGGAGAUUUUGGUUUGGCUGAAGUCUAUGAACAUAGUUCCAUCACCCGAGAAGCUACCAUACCAGCUGGAACAAUGGGGUAUCUAGCACCCGAGUAUGUUUAUUUGGGUGUUCCAACUGUGAAAACUGAUGUUUACAGCUUUGGAGUUGUGGUUUUGGAAGUGGCGUCGGGGAAAAAACCCGUUGAUGAUUAUGGGACUGUGCUCGUGUAUUGGGUGUGGGAUUUGUGGGAAAAGGGGAUUUUAAUUAAGGCUGCGGAUUCGAAAUUGAGAGGGAGGUUUAAUAGGUUGGAGAUGGAGAGGAUGCUAAUGGUUGGGCUUUCUUGUGUGCACCCGAACUAUGAGAAGAGGCCUACGAUGAAGGAAGCAGCAAGGAUGAUCAGAGGGGAAGCUCUGCUACCCAUUUUGCCGGCGAGGAAGCCAAUGGUGAGGAUUCGACCAAUACAGGCUGAGGGGUCUGAAGAAAUUAUGAAUUUUGGUGGAGAUGAUAAUGCUAAUUUGGAUGACACACCAUGGUUGACCCCCAAGACACAUUUUUAGAUUGAAUUUCAUGAGAAAGAUGGCCUACUUGAAAUGUGAGUGUGCACACUAACUGUGAUUGAUGUUCUGCAUGCUUUGACAUGGUUUUUAGACUCAGAAAUCCUACAAUUUAUGCUUUUCAAAUAUUAUGCUUGUGAAAUAACUCUUGAGAAUUGUCCUCUUUAUGUUAUGUUUGGUAGAAAUGAUAUAAUACCACUGUGUUUUU